CAAGUGGUUAUUAAAAAACUUGGGAAGAAGUGAAGAAGAAACUGGGGGAUUUGGGAAGAGAGAUCGAGAGAGAGGUAAGUGAUUGAGAAAAACAAGCGAUAAUGGGAAGCGCACCAGCUCAAAUUCCGACUAGUUUCGGCCAUGAGCUUAGGGCUUGUCUUCGUUGCCGACUAGUCAAGACCUAUGACCAGUUCAGGGACGCUGGUUGCGAGAACUGCCCUUUCUUCAAGAUGGAAGAGGAUCACGAACGUAUCGUGGAGGUCACUACCCCUAAUUUCAAUGGUAUAAUCUCUGUGAUGGAUCCAAGUAGAAGCUGGGCGGCUAGGUGGUUAAGAUUCGGGAAGUUUGCUCCUGGUUGCUACACUCUUGCGGUGUCAGAGCCACUCCCUGAGGAAAUGCAGAUCCUAUGCCAAGAAGAGCAUGUACAAUAUGUUCUGCCGAAACGCAUGUGAAGCAAAACCAUCAUGAAGAAGGCAAGAAUACAAGACCAAGUAGUGCUCUUUCUCAUUUUAAGCUUCAUGUACACAUUUGAUAAAGUGCUGCUUAAUUUUGUAUCUUCUUCAAUCUUGUGAUGGGUCCAUGAUGAAAGUCUCGUACAAGUCAAGACUCCUUAGGUUUCUUCCUUAAGUCUUACAAAAAAAAACAAAAAUCUUCUAAUGAGAACUGAAAGAAGAAACUUGUGUAGUCAAGAUCUAGAGAAGACAAGUCUAAAUCUAAAAAAGGUUGCGUUA